UGUUAAUUAACAAGGAGAAAGCACAAAGAAUGUUAGCAUAAAUAUGCAUACCAACAUGCUUAGAAUAUCACAGUUCUCAUCACAAAUUAACUAUUAAACCAUUUUAGCAAAAAAAAACUAACAAACAAGAAAAGAAGAGUGUGAAAAGAGAAAGAGAGAUCAAGCAUGUCUACUGCUCCAGAAUGGAUCAUGGUUGGAGGAGAAGGUCCUGAGAGUUACAACCAGCAUUCCUCAUAUCAGAGAGCGUUGUUGGAAGCCGCAAAAGAAAAGAUGGACGAGGCAAUCUCAGCCAAGCUUAGCCUUGACUUGAUCUCUGAUCGUUUCAGCGUAGCGGAUUUUGGCUGUGCGAGUGGACCUAACACUUUUGUGGCAGUUCAAAACAUAAUAGAUGCUGUCGAAGACAAAUACCGUAGAAAAACAGGACAAAAUCUGUCGGAUAACAUAGACUUCCAAGUCCUCUUCAACGAUUUUACCACCAACGAUUUCAACACUCUCUUCCAGGCACUUCCUCCGGGGAGAAAAUACUAUAGCGCUGGGGUUCCGGGAUCUUUCUUUGAACGCGUUCUUCCUAAGCAGAGUUUCCACAUAGGAGUCAUCAAUUACGCAUUUCAUUUCACCUCAAAAAUCCCUAAAGAGAUCACAGACCGCAACUCUCCCUCGUGGAACCGAGACAUGCACUGCACCGGGUUCAACCAAGCGGUCAAGAAAGCAUAUCUUGAUCAGUACUCGGCUGACACCAAGAAUCUACUAGACGCUAGGGCUGAAGAGCUAGUCCCCAGGGGAUUGAUGUUGAUUUUGGGAUCGUGUUUAAGAGACGGUGUUAAGAUGUCCGAGACCUCUAAAGGAAUAGUGAUGGAUUUCAUUGGAGAUUCUUUGAAUGAACUUGCCCAACAGGGUGUCAUCGAGCAAUACAAGGUGGACUCUUUCAGUACUCCACUCUUCCUUGCGGAAGAAUGUGAGUUGAGGCAAAUUAUAAAAGAGAACGGAAAAUUCACAAUCGAGGCUUUUGAGGAUAUCAUUCACCCAUACGUGGAGUUUCCAAUAGACCCUAAGAUCAUGGCCGUCUCCACCAAGGCUAGCUUUGGAGCAUUUCUAACUGCACAUUUUGGAGCAGACGCAAUGAGGAAAGUCUUUGAACUCGUGGAAGUCAAGAUACGAGAAGACUUGUCCCGCGUCCAGAAUGCCAAACCCGGAAUGCAGUAUCUCAUCGUGCUUCGCAAGAACUAGUAAUCCAAAUAUAAUCGAUUAAUUUUCAAUGUUAAUUUGUUUUUUUUUUCAUUGUUGUUUCUAUUCUUUCGUCUCAUGUUGUUUUAUCUUCUUGAUCUUAUCGUCUUUGUCUUAGCGUGUUUGUAUUCUCACCAAUCCUACAAACAAAUAAAUGUUUGUACAUGUGGAUUGUUAAGAACGUCGGGCCAUCGGACGGUUAUCAAUAAUAUUUAUACUCUAUCGUAAA